AUGCGGGACCCGCGGGGCGCCAAGCCGCCCCUGGGCCCGGUACGCCUUGUGCUGCCCGUGCCUGUGCUGCCCGUGCCUGUGCUGCCCGUGCCUGUGCUGCCCGUGCCUGUGCUGCCUGUGCCUGUUGCUGCCCGUGCCUGUUGCUGCCCGUGCCUGUGCUGCCCGUGCCUGUUGCUGCCCGUGCCUGCGCUGCCCGUGCCUGUGCUGCCCGUGCCUGUGCUGCCCGUGCCUGUUGCUGCCCGUGCCUGUGCUGCCCGUGCCUGUGCUGCCCGUGCCUGUGCUGCCCGUGCCUGUGCUGCCUGUGCCUGUUGCUGCCCGUGCCUGUGCUGCCCGUGCCUGUGCUGCCCGUGCCUGUGCUGCCCGUGCCUGUUGCUGCCCGUGCCUGUGCUGCCCGUGCCUGUUGCUGCCCGUGCCUGUGCUGCCCGUGCCUGUGCUGCCCGUGCCUGUGCUGCCCGUGCCCAUGCUGCCCGUGCCUGUUGCUGCCCGUGCCUGUGCUGCCCGUGCCUGUGCUGCCCGUGCCUGUGCUGCCCGUGCCUGUGCUGCCUGUGCCUGUUGCUGCCCGUGCCUGUGCUGCCCGUGCCUGUGCUGCCCGUGCCUGUUGCUGCCCGUGCCUGUGCUGCCCGUGCCUGUUGCUGCCCGUGCCUGUGCUGCCCGUGCCUGUGCUGCCCGUGCCUGUGCUGCCCGUGCCCGUGCUGCCCGUGCCUGUUGCUGCCCGUGCCUGUGCUGCCCGUGCCUGUGCUGCCCGUGCUUGUGCUGCCCGUGCCUAUGCUGCCUGUGCCUGUUGCUGCCCGUGCCUGUGCUGCCCGUGCCUGUGCUGCCCGUGCCUGUGCUGCCCGUGCCUGUUACUGCCCGUGUCUCGUGCUCGCGCCCCCGUGCGCUCUGCUACUUCUUCCCUUCCUCCCCGUCAGGCCCUUCCGUCUAUAG